AUGAAGCGCAACACAGUUUUUCUGGUUUCGGCAGUGGUGAUGAUGAUAAUGGCCACUUUGCCUUACGCCUCCGCGCAAUCAUCGUCAUCGAAGCAUAUUGUCACGAUCAGCGGCACCGCGUGGAGCACGGUGGUCCAGGGCAGCCCCACUGUUCUACAAAACGCGCUUCUCCGGGAUAUUGAACCUAAGCUGAACCGCCCAUACUCCUUUAAUACCACCAUCACUGUCCCUUCGCUGGCCGCUGGUGGUGCUUUGGAGGCUCUCAUAUCUGUGGAACAGACUCUGCGGACGGAUAUCGCCUCUACAAAUCUGCAGCACAUAUGGUCCGCCGAAGAGGUCACCUCCUUGAUGACUCAGAGCGCCUACAAUGCCACACGGGCGCUUUACCCUGGCUCUGAUACAGCCGUCCUCGUCAGUAUCAGGAUUCCCGACGCCGGCAAACAGCUCAGCGAGUGCACCAACGUUUGCAAAGGCAUGAUUGCCAUGGGGGCUGUGGUUGGUUUCCUUAUGAUUGUUACCUUCGUAACUGUGGUAACGUGUGUAUGCUGUUUCCGUCGCUCGCCGAAACUGGAAGUGGGGUCGAAUGAACCCUUAGAACAGAGCAUAUAG